ACUAUGUUAGUUGUCCUGAGAUGAAUUACUCACACUCGAGUAUUUGAUCCGUGGAAAGUGCUGCAUUCAGUGACGCUUUGGGUAGUAACAGUGGUGGUAGUGAGAAUCUUUGAUUAGAUGAACUAUUAGUGCUUUCGAGUUUGUUUCAAGAGUAGUGAUAAUGGGAUCGGAAAAACCUCGUCCUUACGAUCCUUAUCGGAAAUUAUCACUUGAACCAGGUGAUGAGAUCGUAAUCUCCGGCAUCGCGGGGAGGUUCCCAGAGUCGAAUAAUUUCAAUGAAUUCCGCGAUAAUCUGAUGAAUAAAGUGGAUCUUAUCACUGAUGAUGACCGUCGUUGGAAGUUAGAUCAUCCAGAAAUUCCACAAAGAUUAGGAAAAGUCAACAAUUUAUCAAAAUUCGAUGCAGAUUACUUUGGCAUUAAUUUCAAACAUGCCCACACGAUGGAUCCGAUGGGUAGAAUGGCAUUGGAACAUGCUUAUGAAGCUAUUGUUGAUGCUGGAGUUAAUCCAAAUCACUUGAGAGGCAGUAACACUGGAGUUUUCAUUGGCGCGUGUUUUUCGGAAUCUGAGAUGACAUGGGUUUACGAAAAACUUGAGGCGGAAAUAAACGGGGCAGGUCUCACGGGUUGUUGCAGAGCUGUAUUAUCAAACCGAAUUUCUUACUGGUUGGGGGUGCAUGGACCGAGUUAUACCAUUGAUUCUGCCUGCAGCUCAAGUCUAUUCGCAAUGGAACAUGCAUACCGAGCAAUUAGGACUGGACUGUGCGAUUCCGCCAUUGUAGGUGGCACUAAUCUCGUCCUUCAUCCAAAUGUGUCACUUCAGUUUUCACGCUUAGGUGUUUUAUCACAUGACGGUCGAUCCAAAUCAUUCGAUAACAAUGCCAAUGGUUACGUGAGGAGUGAAACAAUCAGUAUAGCCUUCCUUCAAAGAGCUAAAAAUGCUAAACGUAUCUACGCAACCAUAGUCUAUGGAAAGACCAAUUGUGAUGGCUUUAAACCACAGGGAAUUACGUUUCCGUCAAGUGAAAUCCAACGUGUUCUUCUUAGGGAUUUCUAUAAGGAAUGCAAGGUAUUACCAACUUCGGUCGAAUAUGUUGAAGCUCAUGGUACCGGAACCAAGGUGGGAGAUCCUGAGGAACUGAAUGCAAUUGAAUCAGUUUUCUGCUCCGGAAGGACCGGACCACUUAAAAUCGGUUCGGUUAAAUCGAACAUUGGGCACGCAGAGCCCGCCAGUGGAAUGGGUCAAAUUGCAAAAGUUAUUAUAAGCUAUGAAACUGGCCUUAUUCCGCCAAAUUUGCAUUAUACAGAGCCACGUGAAGGUGUCGAAGGUCUUACGAACGGAAAGCUACAGGUUAUCACUAAACCGACACCGUGGAAGAGAGGAUAUGUUGGUGUAAGCUCAUUUGGAUUCGGUGGUGCCAAUGCUCAUAUUCUUCUCAUGUCAAACCCUAAAGAGAAGAUCAAUGAUGGCGCGCCUCAGGAUGAUCUUCCACGGCUUGUUGUUGUUUCUGGAAGAACUAAGGAAGCAAUUAUUUCACUUUUAGCAGAUGUUGAAAGUCGUCCGGUCGAUGUCGAAUACAUCCGCUUGCUUCACGACCUCCACGCAGAACAUCUACCAGGUCACCUUUACCGUGGUUACACGGUUGUGGGCACCUCCGGACCUAAAAAAAAGCUUCGGAGUCUCAAGUACUACUCGGGGACCAAGCGGCAAAUAUGGUUCCUAUUUUCUGGAAUGGGUUCUCAAUGGCCAGGCAUGGGCACCUCUCUCCUUCGUUUCUCAGGCUUCGCGAAUGCCAUAAAAAAAUGUGAUGCAGUUCUGAGACCGCGUGGAAUAAACAUCUAUGAAAUUUUGACAAAGCCCGACAAGCUAAUGUUCCAGAAGCUCUCUAAUUGUUUACUGGGAAUAGUAGCGAUGCAAAUGGGUCUAUUCGAUCUGUUAACAUCUUUAAAAAUAGUUCCGCAUGGCAUUAUUGGGCAUUCUUUUGGAGAACUGGCUUGCGCCUAUGCAGAUGGCUCUUUCACAGCAGAACAAACUAUCUUAGCUGCAUAUGCAGUAGCUCUAGCUUUGAUGGAAUCCACUAAAAUCCGCGGAGCAAUGGCAUUGGUGGGUUUAGGAUAUGAGGCAACUGAGAAACUCUGUCCAUCAGAUAUCGAAGUAGCAUGUCACAUCGGUCCUGAGAUGACUGUCAUAAGUGGGCCAACAGAGUCCGUCAGAACUCUCAUUGCAAAACUUUCAACAAACCGCAUAUUCACUGAAGAAAUUGCAUGUAACGAAAUUGCAUUUCAUAGUAAAUGUAUUGCAGAUGCUGGACCAAAACUCUUUGCCUACUUGAAGCGAAUCAUCUUAGACCCUAAACCAAGGAGUUCCAAAUGGCUUAGCACAUCGAUACCUAGUUCGCAGUGGAAGUCAUCUCAGGCUAGACUGUCUUCAGCUGAAUAUCAUACGAAUAGUAUCCUUGGUCCUGUUCUUCUCCAAGAUAUAACUAGCGUAAUUCCUAGAGGUUCUGUUAUCAUCGAAAUAACGCCUCAUGGCCUUCAAAAUAUUCUGAAAAGUUCCUCCGAUUCUAAAUUUAUUCAUAUCAUUCUCAGUCUCAAUAAUCAUCCGGAUAAUGCUGAAGUUUUCCUCGAAGCAAUGGGAAAACUCUACGAAAUUGGAGUACAACCUGCCAUUUGGGAGUUAUAUCCCGAGAUCAAAUUCCCUGUAUCUCGAGGAACACCUAUGAUAUCGCCCUUAAUCAAGUGGGAACACUCUGAAGACUGGUUUGUUACCUCCUACAGAACGCAUGAGAAAAUCAAUUCAGGGGAGAGGAUUGUAACGUUAGCAUUGACCGAUGAAGAUUAUGAGUAUAUGGAAGGACAUGUUAUUGAUGGAAAGAAUCUUCUACCCGCAACUGGUUAUUUGUCACUGAUCUGGGAAACUAUAGGAAUGAUGAGGGGAGAAUUGUACACUGAACUGCCGGUUGUAUUCGAAGAUGUACGCUUUUUGAGAGCUACUACCCUGUCCAAAGAUAUUACGUUUGAGUUGACAAUUACAAUUCAGAAAGGUACAGGAAAGUUCGAAGUUUUAGAAGGAGGUGUAGCAGUGGUAACGGGAACUGUACGUCACGCACCGAGUGUCAACCAAGAACAGAUAACCGUUCGAAUAACAAACCUGGAGGAACCUGAACAAUUGACAAGUAGAGACGUAUAUAAAGAAUUCAGGUUACGUGGAUAUCAAUAUACUGGACUAUUUAGAGCUGUUAUGAGUGCUACCAUUGCUGGGUCUAAGGGAACCAUCCGUUGGGCAAAUAACUGGGUAGCUUUUAUGGACAACAUGUUACAAAUGGGACUUCUUGGACGUGACACUCGUAGUCUCCUCGUGCCGACGGGAAUUAAAAAGCUAACGAUCAAUACCAAGAAGCAUUAUCAACAGAUUCGAAAAAUGCCACGUGAUCAACAAGAGUUCAAGGUGUAUAUAAUGAAACAACACGACGUGAUCAUCUCCGGUGGCGUCCAAAUCCAUGGUUUGCAGGCGACUGCAAUAGCUCGAAAGAAGCCGGCAGGAGAACCUGUUCUGGAAACCUACAAAUUUGUGGCUCAUCGAGAUCGUGCUGACAUACCCUUCAAGGAUGCUGUCCGCUUGGCAACUCACAUUGCUCUGGAAAACUAUCUCGGUCUCAAGGUGAAAACAAUAGAAACCUUACGAGCAGGAGAGGAAUAUCCCCUGGAAGAACUUUUUUCUUUUAACAUAUCAGAGGCGCUGGCACAUGUACCCAUGGUCCAGGCAGAUAUCAAUAUCGUCACUGUGGAGGAUAACUUGAACCUCGGAGAGAUUCCUGAGCAUAUCAAUGUCACAGAGUAUAAGACAUUACCGUCAGAAAUGAACUCACUUAUUCUGGCAGGACGCGACCUCCUAGCAGAGCAACAGAGCGAAUCAAUAAGUCAGCUACUGACUAUGUUGAAGGAUGGAGCUUUUGUCGUUUCACUGGAAUCAUCAUCUCCACAAGAGGUCAUGAGGUCAUCCCAUAAAUAUGGGCUGAACAUCGUUUUGGAAAAAGUCGUUAGCGGAACCACUUUUCUACUUCUUCGGAAAAAGGAAAGAUUACCCAAAAGUAUAAUAGUCAUUUCUGUAAACAAUGAAGAAUUCUCCUGGGUCGAAACCGUCAAAGCAGCUUUGAAUGCAGAGGUUGAACGAAAUGUAAUGACAUCAUCAAGAAUCUUACUGAUAAGCGAUCAAACUUUUGAGAAUGGGCUUCUGGGUCUGGUAAAUGGCCUAAGAAAGGAACCAGGUGGAGAAAUAGUUAGAGGGCUAGUCAUUCAAGAUCCAAAUGCACCAAAUUUCUCGCUCACUGAGCCAUUGUAUGCUGACCAACUGAAACUGAAUCUCACGCUCAAUGUUUUGCGGCCGAGGGGCACCUGGGGAACAUAUAGACAUCUUCCUUUGCCGUCAGUGACAGCACGUUCUGCUUACCAUAUUUGGGCAAAUCAGCUUGUGAGAGGUGAUCUUAGCUCCUUCCGCUGGAUGGAAGGCCCAAUUACACCAGACUGCAAAAUUUCUAAUCUGGUUAGAGUUGUUUAUUCUUCAAUCAAUUUCAAAGAUAUUAUGUUGGCUACUGGAAAACUUACUGCUGAUAAUUUCGUGAAAACCAGAAGUACAGCUGAAUGUGUUCUAGGAUUUGAAUAUGCGGGCAUUAAUGCGAAUGGUUCCAAAGUAAUGGGAAUGGUCGCAAGUCGUGCAAUCACGAAUAUUUUGAAUAGUGAUCCUACUCUUACUUGGAAUGUCCCUCAAUCUUGGACUCUAAAAGAUGCGGCAACCGUUCCUUGCGUCUAUGCUACAUGUGUUUAUGCCCUCUACAUUCGUGGAAACAUGAAGAAGGGUGAUAAGGUGUUAAUCCAUGCUGGGUCUGGUGGUGUCGGACAAGCUGCAAUCAAUCUUGCACUUUGGACCGGAUGUGAAGUUUUUACUACUGUUGGUUCUGCGGAAAAAAGAUCAUUCAUUCGAUCUACAUUCCCCCAAAUUUCUGAUGAUCAUAUUGGCAACUCUAGGGAUACUAGCUUUGAGCAAUUAGUGAUGAAUAAAACAAAUGGAAUGGGUGUGGAUAUUGUUCUCAAUUCACUUGCUGAUGAAAAGCUUCAGGCAUCGGUGAGAUGUUUAGCCGAGGGAGGCCAAUUUUUGGAGAUUGGGAAAUUCGAUAUGGCCAACAAUAGUCAUCUAGGAAUGAAGGCAUUCAUGAAAGGAAUAAGCUUUCAUGGAGUAUUUUUGGACAGACUGUUCGAUGCUGUUGAGCAAAAGAGGAAAGAGUUGCAUAAGCUGAUGCAGAGAGCACUGGACAAUGGGGCGAUUAAGCCACUCAAUUGCACUAUCUUUCCCAAGGAUCAAAUCGAACCUGCUUUUAGGCAUAUGGCUACUGGAAAACACAUCGGCAAGGUAAUCCUGGAAAUUCAAGAUGAAAAGAGUUUGGGAGUGUCAUUCCCGGCUCUUCCACGAUAUUAUUGCCGGAAAAACCGCUCUUACAUAAUCCUGGGUGGUCUCGGCGGCUUUGGACUGGAAUUGGCCGAUUGGCUAGUUCUUCGCGGAGCAAAACAUCUAAUCCUCACAUCCCGUACAGGGAUAAAAAAUGGUUAUCAACUCAUGCGAAUUAAACUUUGGGAAAGCUACGGAGUUCAGGUCAAGAUUAUCGUUGGAAAAGAUGCAGCAAAGUCGAGAGAUUGUGAAGAGAUUUUGUUGACAGCGUCAAAUGAUGUUCCAGUGGAUGCAAUUUAUAAUCUUGCAGUUGUUCUCAAGGACGGUCUCAUAGAGAGCCAAACACCAGCAACGUUUGAAGAGUCUUUUAAGUCUAAAGCUUGGACUACUCACAAUCUUGACAAACUUUCUAGAAGAUUUUGUCCGAAACUUCGUCAUUUUGUUGUUUUUUCUUCAGUCUCCUGCGGACGUGGGAAUGCCGGGCAAACAAACUAUGGAAUGUCCAAUUCAGUUAUGGAGAGAAUUUGUGAAAGACGGGCCACAGAAGGACUACCAGCUCUUGCAAUCCAGUGGGGAGCCAUUGGAGAUGUUGGGCUCGUAGCGGACAUGCAGGAUGAUGACAAAGAGCUGGUCAUUGGAGGAACUCUUCAACAAAAGAUAUCAUCCUGCCUUUAUGAACUUGAUGGAUUUCUCAAUCAAUCCUGUCCUGUUAUCGCUAGUAUGGUAGUAGCUGAAAAGAAAACAGGUGGUAGUACUAUCCUCAAUGUAGUCGAUACUGUACUUAAAAUUAUGGGACUCAAAGAUAUGAAGUCAAUUAGUCAACAUAUAUCACUUGCUGAACUUGGCAUGGAUUCUAUGAUGGCAGUCGAAAUAAAGCAAACUUUGGAGCGGGAGUUUGACAUAUUUCUUACAGCACAGGACAUUCGUAGCUUGAAUUUUGCGAAAUUAAAUGACAUUAUGUCAAAAGAUAGUGCAUCAGUCAUAGAAAGUACGAAUAGUACUGAUGAGAAAGCUCCUUCGAUAAUGAAUCUGCUACUCAAGCUUUUGGGCACAGAUGAGAGUUUAAUGAGUAAAACCAGCCUUACAUUACCUACCCAGCAGAAAAAGGGAUACGAUGAGGUGUUCUUGAUCCCUGGAAUUGAAGGUUUUGGUUCUGUCUUCAUGAAGAUUGCUCCGGAGAUCAAAGGUACUGCAACUUGUUUGCAAUUGGAUGCCCUCAGCGACACCAUUCAUGAUCUGGCGGCCAAAUCAUUGCCUAUUGUCUUGACUAAAAACCGGAAUCAGAAGAACUUCUUCAUCGUAGGAUAUUCAUUUGGAUCUCUAGUGGCAAUAGAAAUGGUUCGGCAAUUGGAAACGCAAGGUUAUAAUUGUCGACUACUCCUGGUUGAUGGUUCUCCAGAUUUCUUAAAAACUAUCAGAAAUCAGCAGUUACGAUCAGAAAAUGAUGAUGAUCUCGGUACCAAUAUGCUCAUUGGUAUCACUGAUAUUGUUGCCCCCCAAAUCAGUGGGGACCUAUAUGUAGAACUCCAAAAAUGUAAGACAUGGGAGGAGAAACUCAACGUAUAUAUGGACUUAAUACCAGAUGAUGCAAUGAAAAUUUCCCCUGAAGGCCAAAGGAAAAUUACUGUUGCUAUUUAUCGGCGUCUUAUGGCUGUUGGAAAUUAUGAUCCUACCAAGCUUCCACCUUUGAAAUCUUCGAUCACGUUAUUAAAACCCAAUGUGGAGAGUUUCAAGUAUCUUUCGGCAGAUUAUGGACUCACGAAGUUAACUACGGGAGGUGUGACAAUCUACAGGCUUGAAGGAAACCACGUAACGAUUCUAGACAAUCCGAAAGUAGCAGCUGCGAUAAAUGGAGAGUCACUGGAAGAUAUGAAGCAUUAAAUUGUUACAUUUUGCCAUCAGAGUUACUGAUGUAGAAAUAAUAAAUACGAUCUAUUACAUUCCAA